GUCCGCGUAAAAAAAUGGAAGAGAAAGAAGGGAAACAUGAAACGGCUAUGAUAUAAAAGGGCAACGCUCGCUUUGUUCCUUAUUUGUUUCUUUUUUUCUUCUCAACAAACCCUUCCUUCUCCCCUUUCUAUUUUUUACCCAACAAGGGAAAAUCAAAUGGCGUCCUCGACCGCUGAACCCACCGCGCUGGAACAAGAGCGCAUCGAGUCCGCACAAACCAACCUCAAGAGCCUUGAGAAGCUCGAUGAUGGUGGCGUCGGUACCGAGUUCAACUGGUUCACCGUCAGAACCAUCCUCACUGCCGGUGCUGGUUUCUUCACCGAUUCCUACGACAUCUUCAUCAUCAAUCUGGUCAGCCCUAUGCUUGGCUAUGUCUACUACCCGCACAACAACAACAAGAUGCCCUCGGAUAUCGAAGGCGUGAUUAAGGGCAUGACAUCCGUCGGCACUCUUUUUGGUCAGCUCUUCUUUGGCUUCCUUGGCGACAUCUUGGGUCGCAAGAUCUAUGGUUUCGAGUUGUUGAUCAUCAUCCUCGGUACCAUCAACUGUGCGACCUCUGCAUCUACCGUCCGUGGUGUUUCUGGUAUUGCAUUCCUCGGAUUAUGGCGUUUGGUUCUCGGCUUUGGUGUUGGAGGUGAUUAUCCCAUGAGUGCUACUAUCACGUCUGAGUGGAGUUCCACGGGUCGCCGUGGUAUGAUGAUGGCACUUAUUUUCUCUAUGCAAGGCAUUGGCAACCUCGCAGCCGCUAUUGUCACCCUGAUCAUCCUCGCCAUCUUCAAGGGCGCAGUCAACGCUGAUGUGUUCAAUCUCGACUACGUCUGGCGUUUGUGUAUUGGUCUCGGCGCCGUUCCUGCUGUUGCCACCAUCUACUUGCGUUUCACCAUGCCUGAAUCUCCCCGGUAUGCCAUGGAUGUCGAGCAUGACCUCGAAGCCGCCGCCGCCGCCAAGGGUCAACAAGUAUCCGAUGAACUCGCUCGCCAGCAUACCAAGGUCGACAUCAAGCAGCGCAGCCACUGGGCCGAAUUCGCCGCCUACUUUGGCCAAUGGAGGCACUUCAAGACCUUGCUCGGUACCUCGCUCUCUUGGUUCUUGCUUGACAUUGCUUUUUACGGUUUGGGCUUAAACAACUCGUACAUUCUCGAAGCAAUUGGUUUCUCGAACAAGUCUACGCCUUUCGAGACGCUUUGGGCCAACACCGUCGGUCAGAUCAUCAUCACCUGUCUUGGCUCUGUUCCUGGUUAUUACUUGACUGUCAUCUUCAUCGAACGCUGGGGCCGUCGUCCUAUUCAGAUUAUGGGCUUCACUGCAUGUACCAUCCUGUUUGCCAUCCUUGCUGCGGCAUACUACCCAUUGCGUGACAAUGCUAUGCCCGCUUUCAUCACUAUCUUUACCCUUGCCCAGUUGUUCCAAAACUUUGGCGCCAACUGCACCACCUUUAUCAUUCCUGGUGAAGUCUUCCCUACCAAGGUGCGUGCAUCUGCUCACGGUAUUUCCGCCGCCUCUGGUAAGGCUGGUGCUAUUCUGGCUUCAUUUGCCUUCAACGUGCUUGUCGACUACGGAGGUGCUCCUGGUGAGCAUGCUUUUUUGCCUGGAACCCUUGGUAUCUUUGCAGGAAUCAUGUUCCUGGGUCUGAUCGUCACCCUCCUCUGGAUUCCCGAAUCCAAGGGCCUGGAUCUCUCUGUCUUUGAAGAAGAUUACAUUCCACCCACUGCUGCGGUUGUUCGCGACGACGAUGCAGUAUCCCGCGAGUCAGUUCCCGUAGAAAAUGUUGCUGAGAAAUCAUCCUAAUUACGCAUUCUAUCUAUUUUUAUUGUCAUUCUAUUCCUCAUACUAAAUCCUUCUAAAACCUAUCAAUGUAUCUGUAAUUAUUCCCUACUUUAUUGUUUUUUUUUUGUUUAAUGUAAAUAUAUUUUCUUUUUGCGCAUAUGCAAUACUGCUAUUUAAAAAAAAAAAUUCUAAAAUCGAGAGAUG